AUGAAAUUUGCUUGUGUUCAAAUUGAGCAUGCAGACAGAUUGCUUCUUCAAUUUUUUCCAUGGCUACACCGCGUUUGUGCUCCAUUUCCAGUGAUAGCUCGUGCCUUUGUAGCGGAUAAUCUGGUGGAAAUUCCAACUUUUGUAGAUACACUGCGAACAUCUCCAAAAGCCAUGAUCGGGAAUGCAUCAGCAUCUUCAGCAGCAGUAGGAGCAGCAGCAACAACAACAACAACAACAACAACAACAACAACAACAACAGCAGUAUCAGCAGUGACUUCGUCAGACGCGUCCAAGAAUCGCAUCAAUCGGGAUUAUCAGCAGCAGCAAAACAGCAGUACAGGUACCGAGAUCACAGCGUCCACUACACCUGUGCGAGCUACAAACGAAGAUGAGCGAAAACGAAGGCGUUUCCGUCAGCGUUCCAAUAAAAAAGUGAAUGUUGCCAUGGGCAAUAAUUCUCGGAUGGUGGAUAGCUGCGCAACAAACGGAGAGGCACAAAAUCAGCAGCAGCAGCUACACCAACAGCAGUUAGAAACGGGAGUUACCGAUGGGAAGAUGUUGAAGACGCAGAACGAUUUCAAAGAGGCAUACUGCUGUUCCAUUGCCUCUUUUUUAAGGUAUUAUGAUCCAAAAAGCGAUGGUUUUUAUUAUGACUCGAAGGGAUCACGUGGGUGGCGCAGACGCAAUCCGGCUCGCGAAAGGAAGCAGCUGCAAGAAAGGGAUGGAGUGACUUUCUGGGCUGAUUCGUGUUUGGCACACUAUUCUGUUGCUGAUCCUUUUGGCUUCCAGUAUUGCACUGGCAACAUGGGUCAUUUCUCUCCCCAUAUCCAAUAUUAUGAUCCAGAAACGGAUGGUUACUACUUUGAAAUGCCAUCCGUUGAUGGCUGGAAAAAACGGCAGCCUCAUUCUAGCAACACUGGUGCUGCUCCAUCAUCACUGCUGACCUACAGCAACAGCAAUCGACUGAUGAUGAAUCCAAAUGCUUUAUCAGCCCCUCCAGCUAUCAGUGAUUCAAUGGAUUUACCGCGAACUUCUUAUGGAGCAGCCUUAGCUCGGGGGCAGUUACCACCUUGUACCGUUACCGCUAGCAAAGCAAUCACAAAUAGUACCAAAAAUGUGAGCUUUUUUCCACUCAUUCAUCUUCAUUAA